CUCGGUUUUAACGGGUAUCCCAGUGAUGCAUGCCGAAAUUGCCAGUUUGUGCAAGAUGUUGAGAGCUGCAACUACUUAAAUUUGUAAACACUUUCACCGUGUCCCCCGUGUUUGAAUUUUCUAAUUUUUUCUCGCUCGUCGCCGUAAAGUCCGCGAGUAUCUUACGUUUUAUACCGUAAUAUCUUGUAUAUUUUUUCUCUAACCGAGGAAAAUGGGGAAGGAUGGGAAAGACAAUCCAGGCUUCAUUGGCGAUAAUGGCCGUAGCAGUAGGGAAAGGCGGAACUCGAAGGAAAUCUUUGGAACGAAUAACGAUGGAAUUAGCUUUGUCUGUCCGAUCUCAGACGACAAGAAACUGCCGUUAUCGUUUUCGCCACUGGAAGAGACGCCGAUAGCGGAGAACGAGAAAGAACGGGCGACCUGGGGUAACAACACGGAAUUUCUAAUGUCCUGCAUCGCAAUGUCCGUCGGACUCGGCAACGUUUGGCGGUUUCCGUUCACCGCUUACGAGAACGGCGGUGGUGCUUUCCUAAUCCCAUAUAUCCUCGUGCUUUUCGUCGUGGGGAAGCCAUUUUACUAUCUGGAGAUGAUAAUGGGCCAAUUUGCUAGCAGUUCCUCCGUGAAAAUAUGGUCCGCCGUACCGGCAUUCCGUGGCGUCGGCUGGGCACAAACGUAUUCGACGGUCGCCGUCGGUACUUAUUACUGCUCGCUGAUGUCGAUCAGUUUGUUGUACCUCGCGAAUAGUUUCGCGACGCAACUUCCAUGGUCGGCGUGUUUGGAGGAAUGGGGAGACAGUUGCGUGAAUUCGGCCGGAAUGGAUAACAUCACUGUGCGCAGCAACACCACCGUGGUGAGAAGUUCCGCCGAACUAUAUUUUACGAAAGCAGUGCUGAAAGAGAAAGAGAACAUCGACGAUGGAGUGGGCCUUCCGGAUUGGAAGCUGACAGUAUGCCUUUUAAUUGUGUGGAUCUGUAUCUGCAGCUUGGUGGCGCGCGGCGUAAAAAGUUCGGGAAAGGCCGCCUAUUUCCUCGCCAUAUUUCCAUAUGUUGUGAUGAUCUGUUUGCUAAUUAGAGCGGUGACUUUGGAAGGUGCCGUAAAUGGCAUUAUCUUUUUCAUUAAGCCCAACUUCGAGAAACUGUUCGAAGCGGACGUCUGGUAUGCUGCUGUUACACAGUGCUUCUUUUCACUGUCGGUUUGCUUCGGCGGUGUAGUCAUGUACUCCUCUUACAACAACUUUAACCACAAUAUUUACAGAGACGUUAUCGUUGUGACCACGUUGGACACAUUGACGAGUUUGUUGGCGGGCUUCACUAUUUUCGGUAUACUCGGUAAUUUAGCGUAUGAACUUGGCACCGAUGACAUAAGUCGUGUGGUACGGAGCGGAACCGGUCUUGCUUUUAUUUCUUAUCCGGACGCUAUAGCGAAGUUUAACGUCUUGCCACAGUUUUUCUCCGUGCUUUUCUUCUUGAUGCUGUACGUCCUGGGAAUUGGUAGCGCCGUUGCGUUCGUCGGUGCUCUUAACACUAUUAUUUGCGACCAAUUCCCAACGUGGAAGUACUGGCAUGUGGUAAUCGGAACGGCUGUAAUUGGCUUUUUAGCCGGUACACUUUAUUGCACACCUGGUGGUCAAUUCAUGCUAGGUUUGGUGGAUUUCUACGCGGGAUCGUUUAUAAUCUUCUUCCUGGCCAUGCUGGAGAUGAGCGGCGUUUUUUGGUUGUACGGAUUGGAGAAUUUCUUGGACGACGUCGAGUUUAUGUUGCAGAGACGCCCGUCGGUAUAUUGGAGGAUCUGCUGGGCGAUAGUCACACCGUUGUUACUUGCGGGAAUUUUACUUUAUACCAUCAUCAACUUGAAGCCACUGACUUACGGCGACAUACCUUAUCCAUCGAAGGCACAUAUUGCUGGUUGGACGUUAUUCACCUUCGGUGUGCUACAGGUUCCAUUCUGGAUGUUCUAUACGAUAUUAUCGAAAAGGAACUUGGGAUUAUCCGAGAUGUUCAAGGCGGCUUUUCGCCCUUCGCCGGAAUGGGGACCAAAGAGUUCCACGCGCAUGGCAUCCUGGCGUGAAUUCAAAGAGGUGAUGAAUAAAAAACGCGCGAAGCGCAACUGUUCGCGAAUAAAACAAUUUAUUUAUGUGAUUUUCUGUUUAGAACAUAAACUCGUCUGACUUCGUAUGUUACCUUAGU